AUGGCAGAAUCGCUGCUCGAGCUGUCUAGCAAAAAACUUGCUAAAGGCAAAAUUUCUGAUGCACUGUCGAGCGAUAUUGCUAGUGAUGUCGUGAAGGAAGCUGUAACGCAUGAAGAAUUAAUUAAAAAAAUUGAAGGCUUGAAAUUUCACAUCGAACCGGAUCUCAUUCAUAUUGACGGUAUAGAGGAAAUAACGAAUGUGCAUGAAAUCACCAAUGAAAAUUCAUUUCCAAUUAUUUUUCGUGUCAAAGUUACUCACAAGAAUAUCUUCCGAGUUAAUCCUACUAACGGCAUUAUUGGUGCAAAAAAAACUUUGAUGCUGAAAAUAACACGUCUUGGAGUGGCACCACGAAGCGAUCGAUUUGAUGUCGAAGCGUUGCCAUAUAUUGAGGAAUUGCUGCAUCUCAGGAAAUCCACAAUACGGGUAGCACUGCAAGACAAGGUUCAGUGGUUCUUCAGUUUUGGUUAUAUACCUAUCGUAUGUUCCAUCAGUUACAAUUUGACUAGAAAAUAUGGAAAGUUAGGAACUUAA